AGCGAGCAGCAGAGAGAGAGGCAGCCUCGUCGGGGACAGCGAUAGACACCUGCUGGACGUGCUCAGCUCCCACUGCUCGGACACUGGCUUGGGCAGCCUGCUGCCACCUUCCUUGUAGGCUGUUAACUGGCUGCUUCUCAGUCCUGUCAUGAACUGGGAUUACAUUCACCACUGGAGACCCUGACACCAUUGCCCGUCUGACACUUGCACUCUCCCUUUCUCACUGGCUGUGCCCGCCAUUCUGCACACAGACAUGAAACUCAGGUCACCCGUGCCAUCCUAAAUGUGUGAGUCAGCCAACUGCAUCUUGCCAGCUCGGAGAAACCCUCAGGUGAGCCGAGGCACAGAAGAUCGGCCUGGGGGGUCCUGCUGGGCACGGCAUGCCACACCUAAUCGUGUCGAUCCCCGUUUUCAGCAGGGGCUGGUGCCACCUGGAAGCUACCAUGCCGGGAUGACGAUGAUGGCAGUGCCGGGGGCCUUACAGCCCGACCGAGACAGGGUCACACACCUGCACCAAGGUGAGCUGGAAAUGGAUAUCGACUGGCAGGAGCUGAUGGCCAUCACCGAUCUUCAGGAAUUGGAGAUGCCCGCUGAUGCCACCUAUGAGUCUGCCCACUAUGGCCCACCUAUGCAAGUGAUGCCCCAGCCUGGAUUCCCAUUGGACCCAUCACCAAGCAGCUCUUCUUUGCAGUUCUGUGGCUCAUCUCAAGGUACCAUCUUCAAGCGCCCCUAUCCUGACAUGGUGCCAGCAGCGUCCUGCCAGAGGAUUGGCUCUCUCCGCAACAUGGACUCAUCUUUUGGGCAUGUUGCCCAAGUAGGACCCAGCUAUGCCAGAAUGCUGCCUGUCCCUUCAUCCUCCAGCUCCUCUCCUUCCUCCAUGCAGCCCUUGACUGCCCCGGUCAUGAGCAUGCUGGACCACAUGGCAAUGACGGGCAGCACAGAGUCAGGCAUUCACGAUACCAUGGGGACUGGCAGUGGAAGCCAACAUAGAACAGCAACCGGGCUCUGUAAGCCACACCUGCAGGAUGACCUGGAGUCGGACUCUGGUCUGUCCCUGGGUUCAAGUCCUCCAUUGGCAUCGCCAGGCACUGCCACAGCUGGAGGUAACCCCUACCUCGGUGCGGGUGACAGCUCCAUGAACUACAGCGAUGCAGAGCCUUUAGAGAUGGAGCUGGAGCAAGCCAGGAUGAGGCCGGAAUUCUUGGAGUUGUACCAUAUGGACUACCACCAGCACCAGCUAAACCAGUGCCACAUGAGUCACCAGUCUUAUAAAAUGCCAACUUCAUAUGGCCACUCGGCAAACAUACAGCAGCAGGCUAUGCCUCCUGCUCCACUCCAGGGAUUUCUGCCUGAGCUUGGGACCAACAAAGAAAGUGGCAUUAACCAUGGAACUAGCAGUGGCAGAGCGGAGGGGCCCUAUGAGAAGCACCGAUCUCCAAAUGUGCGCAUGGACAUGUCAGUGAGCCGAGACCAGCGUCGUGCCAUGGCUCUGAAAAUCCCUCUGCCCGUCCAGCAGAUCAUCAACCUGCCAGUGGACGACUUCAACGAACAUCUGUCCAAGUACCAGCUGAACGAUGCCCAGCUGGCUCUCAUCCGGGACAUCCGCCGGCGAGGUAAAAACAAAGUGGCGGCACAGAACUGCCGCAAACGCAAGCUGGAGAACAUCGUGCACCUGGAGAAGGAAAUCGACCUCCUGCAGGCGGAGAAGGUGCAGCUAACGAGGGAGAAAUCUGAGAUGGGCCAGAGCCUGAGCCACCUGAAGAGGAAGAUCAUCGAGCUCAGUGUGGAGGUCUUUGGGAGCCUCCGGGACGAGGAAGGGAAGCCGUACUCUCCAGAGGAAUACACCCUGCAGCAGACCAACGACGGCAAUGUGUUCUUGGUGCCACGGAAGCCGGUGGAUGGGAGUGACUGAACGUCAAGGUGCCCAAUACCCGGACUAGAUGGUCUCCUGAUGAAAAUCCAUGGAUCCGUUUUGGAAGCCAUUAAAAAAAAAAAGCAAAAGAAUCAGGCGACCAAACUUGGAAAACUUGGGGAGGAAUGGCGAGAGUGGCAUACCUACCAGUCAGAAGAACUGCCCUGGCAGAAAUUGGAGGGUACUGCCUCCUUCCUGCCCUUUUAGAAUUCCUGGGGAAUUGACAACAUCCCCCACGUGGAUUCCAAAUCGGACUUUUCAUAAAUUAUCGAUGACAAGCUUUUCAGACGUCCACCGUCCCAUCGCCCGGUUAAGCGGAUGUGUAGCAUGGCCUAUGCAGUGUGACUCCCUUUUCGGACGUGCAAUGCCAAAUCGUGACUUGUCUCGGGCCACUGAUACCACGGGAGCACAUGUCCCCAUUCCUACAGGCCACCUAGAGACAACAACCAAACAAGAGUCGGCCAACAUUUCACCCUCCUCAUCAAGCCUCAGUACCUCACGUCCAGGACAAAAUCCUCACUUGGUUUGAAUGUCCGCAUUGUCUUUGGAGUUUUAGCCAGGAAUCACUCAGGAACUGCCAUUCAGUGAUCACAGAGGCCUGUGCGAGAUCUGGCGUUCUAGAACAGUCUUGAACUUGAUGCCAGGUUCUCCUUCAGGAUCUCAUUAUGAGCUUGAAGGGCUCUUCACUCCUGUUAUGGCAGCAAAAUAAUAUUUUAAAAGGGGAAAGCAGUUCUCAAAGAACAAGGAUACGGAGCAAAUAUUUUUAAAAAAUCAUCAAACGAGCAAUGGGGACGGGACGGGCUUGAACCCGCUGUGAGCCUGCAAAGGGAUAACUGGGAUUGGAGAAUGGAGGGAUAAGUGAAGAAAAGAAUGAAUGAAUGAAUGAAUAGGAGGGUGGGUGGAUGAAAGAAUGAAUGAAUGAAUGAAUGAAUGAAGAAAUAAAGUCAUGAGCUAAUGGAUGAAUGGAUGAUUCCUAAAUAAAUAAGAGCAUCCAUUAAUAGAUGAGCGGAUGAAUUGAUGAAUGCAUGGAGGAUAAAAGGGAGAAACAAAUGAGUGACUGGAUAAAGGAAUGAAUGAAUGAAUAGGAACAGAGAUGAAGGAUAGGGAAGAAAAAUAAAAUGAGGACGGGACGGGCUUGAACCUGCUGUGAGCCUGCAAAG